GGAUUUAGGUAUUUUUAGGAGGUGAAAUUAGGACGUUUCCCCAGCCAUGAGUUUGAACAAUCUCGAGAUCAAAUCACUCAGAUCGUUCCAGGAGUUAACCGAGUCGGAUAAACAGCUGUGCUAUGAUAGUUAUAUCAAUGAGCCGCUGGAGGAUAAACAUCGACAGAACAAGUAUAUCAAGCGCAGCGAGCAGAUACUGAACCGAUCACGGACAGAUCCCUUGGAUAACGAAUGUUUUCUAUCAUUCGAUGUGUAUCCGAUCAACUUUAAAUACUGCACGGUGAUCUUCAGUCUCUGCGGCAUCACACAUCAUUUUUUCAAUGUGAUCUAUUUGAGUGUGAUUGAGGAAACAAAACUGGAAAGUCCCGAUCAAUUUAUAUGCGAUCUUUUGGCCAAUAUCAUAAUUGUUGAGAUACCGAAACUAACAAGCUUUCUCCUCAAAUUUGUGCUAUGUCGCAAUAAUGCGAUCAAUGAGAGAGUUCUCAAGUUGUUUGCUGAAUCGAAAAAAACAACGAAAUUCUACAAUACAUUUCCGUUCAUUUGUGAACCGAAUGAACUGAAGCACGCCCAGUUGCACGAUCCUUACGCCCAGCAGGCGUGGCAGGAGAUAAUGCAGGGCAAUAUUGUUCAGACCUCUGUGCGGGAAGUCUUUCAAAAGUAUCGUAAUAUUGCCGAGGAGAAGAAUAAUCAAGUUUUGCAGCAGUUUCUUGAUCAUUUCUUUAACUUGGCCAGAGAUCUGUUGGACAGCAGAUUUCAGAUAAAUCUACGACUCUGCACCAUGGAGCGAAUGGACAAUUUUGAGCGAAUAAUACGUGCGCAUAUGAAAAGCUACAAGGAUGAAACUGUAACGCGUCUGUUUCUCUUCGAUUUGAUCAGAGCUCUGGUCCAUAUUUACGGCUUUUGAACAAAAAUUCACAGCAAUUCGAUAAAUAAUUGUGUGCACUGUGUUAUAAACAUUUGGCUAUCAAUGAAAAUUGUACGUACUGCCAAAAUUCAAUUGUUCUGAGCAUAAGAAAUCACUUUUGACAAAUAAAUUUAAACAUCAGUUGCUUG